GAAUAGGAGUGUUUGUGUGAGAUGAUCAACUACCAUUGCAGGAGUUAAAUGUUUCCACUUCUAGUGGUCUUUGUGUGUUCUCUCCCUUCCCUAAAACACCUGGAUUUUCAUUGAGAAUAUGUUGCCCAACAUACUUGUUGAAACUGCUGCAAACAAAUAUGUCAAGCCAUACUGAGAUCUUCAUCCUCUGUGCACCCUCCCUGCUUUUUCCCUUCUAAUAAAUUUGGUUCUUGGGUAAGCUUUGAUGUUCAUGGAAUUAUAAAGUACAAAAGUAGGAGAGAAAAAAAUAUGGCACCUUUCUGGAAGCUGAACAAAGGAGUGAUAAGAACAAUGAAUUUACAAAAUUGCUGGUUUCAGGAGGGCAUUUUUUGGAAAUUUCAUUGUAAAGUUUUGAAGCUUGUGCAUGUGUGAUCUUCCCUCUGUCUUUUUGUGUGAAAGUAAAGUUUUUCUAGUAAUACUUGAGCAAUGCAUGUUUGUGGAAUGGUGGAAGUGUUAAAAUGGAUUGGGGGGGUUGUAAUCUCCAGGAAAUUAUAUGAAUAAACACCCUCUUAACUACAAGGCUGCUCUUUUGGCUAUAAAAUAAACACUGUUGGAACCUCUCACCUGCAUGAAGAAGGCAAUCUUGUUGUCAUUCUGUGAUUAAAUAACAGCUCUUGGCAGGCUUGCUAUCCAGUUACAAUUUCUCUCGGUAAAUCACUUCUACCCUAUUUCUCAGGGUGGAACUAAAUCGGGUUGCCAGAGUUGCUCAGCGCAAGAGCCACGUAUGGUAAAUUUCAGAAGCCUGAGAGCCACAAGUGGGUGGCAGCAGGAGGCAGGUGGGUGGUGGCAGGUGGCAAGUGGGCCCCAUGGGUGGUGAGCCACAAGCCACAAAAUAAAUUCAAGGAGCUGCGUGUGGCUCCUGAGCCUUGGUUUGAUCACCCCUGAACUAGAUGAAUUCUGCCAAAUAGCAACCGUUCAUUCUGUACCUCUUUCUAUCUCCAAAUAGAGCUUUAUUCUUUUGGAAUAAUCCACUGUAACAAUUGUCACUAUUUCCACUGUAAUUUAAAUCUCAGCUCUUUGAACUUGAACAGUGAUGAAGCCAUUUUAUAUUUCAGGAGAAAUUAUGCAGGUAGCUGUUUAAUAUACAAAACUGCUGUAUACUACUGUUUAGAUGUAUUGUGAUCUUAGUAAAGGGGAGAAUUGUUUUUGUGGCUAGCCAGACUGCUUCAUUAUGUCCUAUUUUUUCUGUUCUGUGGACAGGGUAUGAUAUUAAAGCCACUCCUUGAUGCCAGAGAGACUCCAGAAGGCUAGACUCUGGAAAUUCAACUUCCUUAUUCUCUGGCCAGUGCUUCUUUGUGGCAACAUGCAGGUAACAUCGAAAGGUGCCACCUUAAAUCCUAAUGCAAAAGUAUGGCAGGAAAGCAUGCAGGGAAACUCAGAAGCUGCACCAGCAACUAAUGGCAGUGAGCAAUUGUGGCAAGAGACAGCAGCUGUGCCGGGAAAUUGUACAGAGGGUAAUGCCGAAGUUGUGGAUGAUGGUGCUAAGCAGUAUGAAGCAAUGUAUUCAUCUUGCGAGCUGUCAAGAAACAGUUCAGGUGUUGAUGAAUCAGCUGCUAAUGGCAUGGUCCUGGCACAUGAGGAGCUUGGAUACCAACUCUAUGAUGUUUCUGGUGAAGGCAACCCUGUAAUUUCUGCAGAGGACCUGAAAGAAUGUUUGAAGAAACAACUAGAGUUCUGUUUCUCACGUGAGAAUCUAUCCAAGGAUCUUUACUUGAUGUCUCAAAUGGACAGUGAUCAAUUUAUUCCAAUAUGGACAAUCGCCAACAUGGAAGGAAUUAAGAAACUGACAACUAAUAUGGAUCUUAUUCUUGAAGUACUGAGAUCUUCUCCUAUAGUCCAAGUGGAUGAACGAGGAGAAAAAGUCAGGCCAAACCACAAGCGAUGCAUUAUUAUUCUCCGUGAGAUCCCUGAAACAACACCUGUAGAAGAAGUAAAGGCACUUUUUCAAAAUGAAAACUGCCCCAAAGUGAUAAGUUGUGAGUUUGCUCACAAUAACAACUGGUACGUUACAUUCCAGUCGGAUACUGAUGCACAGCAGGCUUUUAAAUACUUACGGGAAGAAGUUAAAACCUUUCAGGGCAAGCCAAUAAUGGCCAGGAUAAAAGCCAUCAACACAUUUUUUGCAAAGAAUGGUUACCGGGUAGUGGAUUCAAGUGUGUAUGUUCAGCCUGUCCAAACACAAGCACAGUUUGCCUCGCCACUGUUUAUGCAGCCUGUAUAUAGUCCUCAACAGUACUCCAUCUACAGUAUUGUGCCUCAGACAUGGUCUCCAAACCCUGCACCUUAUUUUGAAACACCACUGGCUCCGUUUCCCAAUGGUGGAUUUGUGAAUGGCUUCAGUUCACCAGGAUCAUACAAGACAAAUACUGCUGCAUUAAGUAUAGGUCGUCCAUUCCAUAGAAACCGUGUGAAGCCUCAUUUCCGGGUAUCGGGCAGCUCUGAACACUCAACAGAAGCAACAUCCACAGCUAGUGCCAUGUCUGUUGGAGAGGGACAGUUGCACAGAGCCAGCACAAGGAACUUUCAAACCGAGCGGCAAGCAAAUACAUUAUCAGGACAUCAGGAGCAAAGUUAUUCACCGAAGGAUUCUCCCAUCGCUCAGUUAGAACAAAAUGGUGAUUAUAGCAUGGGCAGAGGCAGGAGGAAUGUUUUCAGAGGUCGGAGGAGACGGGAAGAUGACAGACUUUCACGACCUCAGCCUUCAGUUGAAACCAAGGCUUUGACACCAAAGUUUGACUUGCUAGCCUCAAAUUUCCCUCCCUUGCCUGGUACCAUGCUAAAAAUACCAGAGGAUCCUGUCCUGGAAAGUAGGAUGUCAGACAUUGUUAAAGGUGUAAACAAAGAAAAGGAAAACAAAGAGUUGACUGUCAGUUCUCUAGCAUCAACUCAAGAAGAGCAGGGCCAAAGUACUGUUCAGCCCAUUAUGAGUUCUCCCUGUGGGGCUAAUGCUUCUGGAUUAAGUGCCACUCAGCCAGAUAAAAAGCAAGAAGAGGUCCAUUUGCAGAAAGAAGUUGCAAGCCAGACUUCCCCACCUUCAUCUGUAUGCCCACUCAGUACUGUAAAGUCACCCAGGACAAAUACCACUUCUUCCACAACCAGUGGAAAUGUUUUGCCUGCUGUGACAGUGCAGGAACCCCGGAAACUCAGUUAUGCUGAAGUCUGCCAGAAACCUCCAAAAGAAAUAGCUCCUGUUCCUGUUCAGCCUCUUAGGGAGCUGCGUACCAAUGUAACCCCUCCUCCCAAAACGGAAGAAAAUGGUACCCAUGAGAAGGCUGGAGAGAAGGUGCAUGAAAAACCUGAAGGACGGGUGAAGGAUUUUGCUGUCUUCAGGGGCAGUGGGCCUCCUAAGGGAGCUGCUGGAAAAAUCAGGGAACAGAGGCGCCAGUGUGGACGUAGGUCUUCUCCUCAGGGAGCGCCUCGACGUGUCGGCAAGGAACAGUACGUGCCACCGCGAUCACCAAAGGAAAACUGAUAAUACUUUUUAUUUAAUCGUAACUGUGGACUGAAGAGCAGUAGAAGACAAACUGGCCAGCUGUGAUAAAUAACAAUAUGGGAAAAUGAACACUGAAUUCAAGAGCACAGGGUUUGCAAUGUGAGAGAGAGCUUGAAGGGGUCCCAAUAUUCAUCUCAAAGUGAUAUCAAUGCUGGAGGAAUUGAAUCAAUAUAAAUAUGAUAAAGAUUAUAAUUUUUGUAACUUUUUGUUUUUAAUUUGCAGCGGGUUUCCUGCCUAACCUAGGUUCUCGCGUUAUGAAUUAGCUUAUUGAAGAGGAGGAACAACACAAACAUUAGCAUGUUCCUCACAUGUAAGAGGGGGCAAAAGAAUAUUUUUUUUUUGAAAAACAUUUCUGUAAAAGUUAUAAAUUACUUUUAAAAAUCUAUUUAAUGUAUGGCUUGUAAGAUGAUGUGUAUGCCAUGAAUGGCCUUGCAUUAUGAAUCAGCCCCAAAACUGACAUGCUUGGUCAGUAUGAAUGAGUGUAGCCACAUACUUGUUAUGUCAUGAUUUAGUCACUGAUGAUAACUGAAUGUACUACUGUAGUAUUUUGUGUUUUGGAAAUGUAGUUUUUGACCUUCCUAAUUUGGUCAACUUUUAAAACGAUAUGAUUUUACUUUGGAGUAUACAAACAGCAAGGUUAGUAAACAAGAAAUAGUGAGCAAGGUUUUAAUUUGUUCUAGUUUUUCCUCUAAUUAGGGAUUGGAUUGUUUUAUUUUUCCCCACUGCAUUAGUAUUUUCUCUGAUCUUUAUUACAGAAUUAUGCACAUCUAGCUGGAAAGAGUGUGGUCCAAUACUGAUGCAGGGCUAAUAAAGGAACAGUAAAAAUUGUAUUGUAAACAACUUUGUAUCAGAUUUAAUGAACCUGGAUUUUUAGCUCUUGAAUAUGCUGAAUUUCUGUAGAAGUGAGACAGGUCUGAGUUUGCUCUAAUAUUUAGCCUGGUCUUUAUAGAGUGACUUGCACUGAUGUACUGAAAAAUCUUUUUCUGCUGAAAGGCAUGUCACACUAUACUGGAAAUUAGAUUUUAUUUAGCAGGAAGACUUUUUUUAAUAAGUUUGAUAACAAGAUUUCCUCAGUUAUUAUUGCUAAUGGUUGUGGAAAUCAGUACAUUUAUUGAAUAUUGGAGAACACUUUAGCAUAGUUUUAUGUUAAUUAAAUUAACAGCAUUGCAUAACAUGCAGUUUGGCUUACAAGCUGGUAACUGGAAUAAAUAAGAAAAGAAAUAGGAAAAUUAUAAAAUGCUAAUCUGCCAAAAUUUGCAUGCUAGGGUACAAGAUUCUGUAUUAAAGUCCUAGGGAAAAGUAUAUUGCAGCAAGAAAGUGUACCAGUUUCUUUAGUUUAAAAGCAAGUAUACAAAUCUAAAGUCAUUUAGUUGUGAACACUGGAAAACUCAGUUGCGAAAUACCACCACACAUUCUAGUUUGUGUAUGCUAGUGAUAACUUUAAAAUGUCAGUGGCAGAUAAAUAAUUAACUGUGAAAAUGUUCAUCUUCUGAUUUUCUUAGCCAGAAUAACCCUUGGCAAUUUCUUACUCAGUAGGCAUUCUCUAUCAAUGGCUUUGAAAACACUCAUAUCUAUUUUUAUAAGUAUAUAUAUAUAUAUAUAUAUAUAUAAAGUCAGAUUUGUCAUUUCUCUAACUUAUUAUUCAGCUUGGCAAUCACUUUUUGAUUUGAUUGAAAAGUAUAUAUGUACUUAAGCAGUCGGUAUUCUUUUUCUACGCAUGUUAUUAAUCAUUACUAAUUUUAAACUACUUCUGCUGGGUUUGGCAGUCUUUAAAUUUACACAACUCAUUGAUCACGUCUGUUAACACACACAAACCCACUUUGAUUUAUUCAUAAUGCUAUUUUUGAUGGGCAUAACCCACAAAAGGUGAAAAUAUUUAAACUGUUAAGAAAUCUGCAAAAUAUAUGGAAGACUACUUCAAAAAUAUUUUUUAAAAAUCAUAAAUCUAAUUACUGCACUUGGAAUGGAAAAAUGUUGAACCUGUUACAGUUCUACUUAGGGUAGACAUGCACUGUCUCAUUGCAAGCUAAAUAUAUAUUUGCAUUCAUAAUUGCUGUUGGGAGUUUGGGAAAAACGUGAUUGUUAAGUAAGAAUGUAGUUCAAUGGAAGGAGGCUAGUGAAAAUACGUUUUUUUUUGGCAAUGUGAGUGUGAAUUCUUACCCUGUGUAUAUGUCCAUGUUUGGGUGGAAAUGUCUGUUUAAAGCAGAUCAAUUUAAAAUGUAACUCUUUGCUUUAUUGGAUGUUGAAACAAGAAUUGCUCACAAGUCUACAAAGUGUGAGGCAAAACAUUAACUAUUGGAGGGGGUAAAUCCUGGAUAUGUGCACGAGUGUGCGUGCUAUUCCCACAGUGGGUUAUGGCUUUUGUGCAAUGUAUGUAUACGUGUGUAAAAACAGCUUUUUCCAAUGUAAAAUUACUAGCCUAGAGAUGCUCACUAUAACUGAAGUAUUUGAUAACUUUCUCCUCAGUUAACAUGGCAUUCUCUUUAUCCUCCUUCCCAGUCUGUUACAAUAGCUAUCUAAGAUGGACUUCAUUGAUGCACAAAUAGAAGUCAGCUUGAGUGAUGAGACUUCCUUCUUUUUGGAGCCUUCUGUGCCCAUCAAGCCUCUGUAGCAGAUUUUGAGGGCCUGCAGGAAUUGCAGGGAGCAUGGAGAAUCAUCCCCCUUCCCAUUCUGCUGGCAGAAGCUGUUUCAUCAGCCGGAUGCAUUAAUUAAAUUCCACCCUAAACUUUCAGGUUUAGAAGGAAUAAUGAAACAAAUACAACUGCUAGAAAGAAAGAGAACAAUGUAUGCAAUUAACUUUUCCUGCAGUUACUAUAUGGCUAGAAACCCAUCUGGGCUGUCUAUUGCUCUUGCUCAUUCUCAGGCAGUGUCUUGGAUCUCCAUCAGUCAUUCUUCCCUUUUACUCUGGAAAUGAGCGAAGAACAUCUUGGGAACUAGAUUCACUGUCAAAGCGAUUCUGCUGUCUUAUUGUAAGAAUGUGUAAUGUGGUAUUGCUUGUUUUCUGCACAGCUUUGCAUUGAAAUGUUAAUGGGCAAAACAUUCUUGGGGCUCAUGGAAAGUUGAGGCAUUGAACAAUUUUAAAUCAUUGUCAUCUGUAUACUAGAAAAGCAUUGGAUGAAUGUAAAAUUAUAAACCAGUAUAGCUUGUACUGGUAAAUAUAACCAAAAUGAGCAUUUUCAUUGUAAAUAUUGGAUCAGUAGAGAUGAAGCUGAUGUUGGUGUUUCAUCCAUAAAACAUCCAUGUCAAAACUGUGAACCAAGAGAUGGUUACUCUUCUCAUUAAUGGGUCAUCAUUGGAUUCAUAUGCCUCUUAUUCUUAUAACUUUUGGUAUUUAAAAAAAAAGUACCCAAGAUGAUGAAGACCUCAAAUAUCCUUUCCAUUUCCUGAAUACUUGUUGGUUGAGGACUUUAUGAGAGGGUUUAUUAGCUGGAAAUUUGAGUUUUCUUCCCUUCUAAGUUCUCUGUAUUGGUGAAUAACUCUGAGCCACAUUAUUGUACUUCUGCUCUGGAAGAGAAAAGCGGGGAGAUGGUUUGCAUGGAACUCGCAUUCCAGCUUGCUUGUGCGCUCUCUCUCAGUCUCUUUUUAAAAAGUUAGCUUGGCAGACUGUGAUACAGUUUUAGCAGUAGGUUAAAAUAAACCUAUCUUGAUUGACCAGAAGAAAACUACAAUGAAACUGGGGCAGAUCAGUAGCAAUUAAGUGACUUAAACAAUGCUUUACUGUAGUUUAAAAUAGCUAUGGCCUUACUACUACAUCAAUAUCAGCUAAAUGUCUGACUAUAUCCACUCUUUUUACUGUUACCCCAGUGAAUACCCACAUGGGGAAAAAUACCUGCUACAUGUGUACAGAUUAUUUUAAAUUUGUAAAAUGCAGCAUUGUAUACAGACAAAAUGCAACAGAAAUGCACUUCGGGGUUGGGGGCGCUUAAAACUUUUGUAAAUUGUUGAUUACAACAAAUAUGCAAUAGGUUUUUUCUUUUAACUUUUGAUAUUUCCUUCUGAGACAUAAGAUUGUUACCAUUAAUCCUUAAUGGUCUAUCAUGCUCUUAUUUGUUUCUGAGUGUGUGUGCGUGUGUGUGUGCGUGCGUGCGUGUGUGUGCGCACAUGUGAGAAUAGAUAUUACAUAGUAUGGGCUUCCUUUAGGAUGGUGCAACUGAUUUUUUUUCCUUUUUAUUUCUUUGGAUGACAGUUAGCUGGGUCUUCAACCCUGGAACCUGGAAGAGAUCAGAUUGUGUGUAUUAAUGUAGACUUAGGAGAUGAAUGGGAGCUAAUCAGUUUUCAAAUUAACCUGUAACAACUUCAACAAUUUAAUAGAUUUUUUAAAAACUUCAGUUAUGGAUACAAUUUCCCUCUCAAAGAUAUUUCAAAUGUAAGUGGUUAGUGCACAAAUGGCUUCUGUUUUAAUAAGUCAGGCUACUCAGCUAUGUCUCCUCCCAGAAAAGUUUGACUUAUCUGAUAUUCAUAGUCUUACUUUUCAAAGUGACAGGGCUUCAGGCAAAGAAUAUAUAUAGCAACUAUCUGACUUCUUUACUUUGUCAGUUUGGUUUAUUCCUGUUGUUAAAGCUGUCUAAAACAAAAAUGUGUAAAGUAGGUUCAUGCUUAAUUGUUAAAAUUAUACAUGUAUUUGUAUUUGUUUUUGACAUUGCCAAGGUGCUACAGGAAAUUGAAAUAACAGUUAGAAGGAAAUAAUAAAAGCCACCUUAAAAUGACACAAAAA